AUGUCUACAACGCUCUCAAAUCUUCAUGGUAACUUAACACAAGAACAGGAAGAAGAAGAGGAUGACCUUGUCAUCUUACCAAACGUCGAUAACUCCGAGCUGAUUGCUCAAUUCAAACUCAGUCUGGUAGGAAGAAUCUUCAAUACUGAACGCCGCAGCGUCAAGGCUCUCAUCUCUCUACUCCCUCGACCUAACAUUUGGGAUGUGGAGGGAAGGGUUAGAGGACUGGAUCUAGGAAACCACAGAUUUCAGUUUGAUUUUGAAUCAGAGGCUGACCUCGUUAAAGUCUUAAACAAGAGGCCAUGCCAUUUCAACAAAUGGGCCUUUGCUUUGGAACGGUGGAUUCCUCAUGUCGGUGACACCUUUCCUAAUACCAUGACUUUCUGGAUCAGUGUCAGCGGCAUCCCAACACACUUCUGGAUGGAUCCUAUUUUCGAUUCCCUGGGCGGAAGGCUUGGCAAUGUGGGGCUUAUUGAUGCUAGAGCCGCUAAAGUUCAAGUUGAAAUAAACAUGGAUCGUCCUCUAAGAUUUGCUCUCCGAGCCCAGCUGCCCACGGGUGAGAUCGUCCCGGUAAAGCUUGUUUACUCUAACCUCCAUCGCUACUGUAGGCACUGUCGCCAUGUUUCUCAUGAGGUGGAGUCUUGCCCACAACUCUCUGAAGCUGAAAGAACAGAGAAAAGCUCAAGAUUGGAGGAAGAUAGGGACCUUCCAAAUUUUAACAGAAUUGAUGCUCAAAGAAAGGGAGAGACCUCGAAGCGACCCUUACCUCAACAGUUCAAAGACAGACGCAGUGGGGAGGACACUCACAGGGACACCCGAGAUAGCGUUUGGAAACGCAUUGACUCUCGGUAUGAUCCACGAGUUGACCCUCGCCCAUCCUCCAAAUAUGAUCACCGACAUGAUAGCAAACAUGUUGAUCGUCAAAGGGAUCCUCCUAUCCGUGACUCCUAUAAUAAACGAAGAUAUGAUGAGUCUUUUCUCUCAAGUAAACAAAGAGAGGCAUCACGCAGGGAGAGAGACAAAGGAAAGGACAGAGAAAUCUCACCUAGCAAGAUCGACACUCGGGAUUUGGCAAAGGAAUUUACUCGUGAACCCCUUGCUGUUGCAGCUCCCCCCCCAGCGAUCAGUGCCAGUGCCCAUUCCCACGAUGAAGAUAAGGUUUCAGACGAGGGAAGCUCUGCUAGGAAAAGCUUAAACUUUGAAGCUCCUUCAAACCCACCUUCUGUCAAUCUACCUAUCACACUGGCCCAAGAGACAUCAAUCAAGGAAACUCGUAAAAGCUGGUAUGAAUUGACACUAGAAGAGGAGGGUUCUAUGACUGAAGAAGCGAUGAACUCAAAAGCCCCCCCACUGAUUUCAAACAAUAGUACAUUACCACUAACUGAGAGAAUCCUGGAAGAAGAAGACUGGUUGGAUGAUGGGAAUGACUUUGGGGAUGUAGAUGGCAACGAAUUUGAAGAAGAAGAUAUUGAUUUGAUGGAGGAGGAUGACCUACUUGGUGAGGAGCUAUGGAUUGAGAACGAGAAGCAUCUCCAAAUUGAUGAUUCUGGAAUCGUAAGGGCUGAAGGAGGAACAAAUCUAGAUAUCACAGACGGCUCUGGCUCUGGAUCGGGCAAGGUGGUUGAUUCCACUGUCGACUCUGAGGAAAAAACACCUACGAAAGGGGCCAGUUUUUCAUCAGAUCAUGUCUCAGGUUCAUCGGCGUCUGUGAAGAAAAAGAGAGGGUCGCGUAGUCCGUCGACCUUUGGAGUUUCGCUAAGACAGCGCAAUCUCAAAGCUGGGCUUGGAUCUCCAAAGUUCCUCUCAGCAGGCUCUGGGCCAAAUGGAUCAAAAGCAAAACAAUCAGGCCCAUCUCCCUCAACUAAUCAGAGAAAAGCCCGAGACGCAGCAUCGCUCAAGAACACUAACUCUAAAGUGGCAAGUGGAAGGCCACCGAAAGUCCCGUGA